CUGUCUGCCGGGAUAAAUGAAUGUGUGCCCGAACAUCUGGCGCAGUGGGAGAUGUGACGGUCCCUCGGGGGUUGUUGCUGGGACGCGGGCAAGGUGGUUGGCGCAGGCAAAAUGAUGGAUGCGGGGGAGGUGAUGGACGCCGGGGAGGGGGCACGCGGCCAAGCAAACGCUCCCAAAUCAGAGGCUCCUAUUUUCUUUACAAAGGGAAAUCUCCAGGUGGUGCUGUGAAGACUGAGAGCUCCGGGAAGCCCCAGCUGGAUAAACCGGGUGCUUCGGAGCUGGUGAUGAACCAGCGCGAUGGAUAGAUGGAUGGUUGUAUCAAAGCUGUGGGCCAGGCAGAUGUUAUUCGCAAUCAGUUUUUAGAGGCAACGUUUGAAAGGAUAAUUGACUGCUCUGGGAAGUGCGUGUUACCAGGCCUGGUAGAUGCACAUACACAUCCAGUGUGGGCUGGUGAUAGGGUUCAUGAGUUUGCAAUGAAGCUGGCAGGUGCAUCCUAUAUGGAGAUCCACCAGGCUGGGGGAGGAAUCCACUUUACUGUGGAGCACACUCGGAAGGCCACGGAGGACGAGCUGUUCACGGCCUUCCAGCAGCGCCUGGAACGCAUGCUCAGAGCAGGAUCCACCCUGGUGGAGUGCAAGAGUGGAUAUGGCUUGGACUUGGAAACUGAGCUCAAAAUGCUCAGGGUGAUCGAACGUGCCAGGAAAUCCAUGGAUAUCGGCAUUUCCUCAACGUACUGUGGAGCUCACGCUGUGCCCAAAGGGAAAACUGCUACUGAAGCCACAGAUGACAUUAUCAAUAACCACCUUCCUAAACUAAAAGAACUCAAACUAAGAGGUCAAAUACAUGUUAACAAUAUAGAUGUGUUCUGUGAGAAGGGAGUCUUUGAUCUGGAGUCUACAAGGAGAAUACUUGAAGCUGGAAAAGAUACAGGGUUACAGAUUAACUUCCAUGGUGAUGAACUCCAUCCAAUGAAAUCUGCUGAGCUUGGAGCUGAACUAGGAGCCCGGGCCAUCAGCCACCUGGAAGAAGUUAGUGAUGAAGGUAUUGUAGCAAUGGCAAGAGCUAAGUGUGCUGCUGUCCUUCUGCCAACAACAGCCUACAUGCUAAGACUGAAGCAACCUCAAGCUAGAAAAAUGUUGGAAGAAGGUGUUAUAGUUGCUCUUGGCAGUGACUUUAAUCCUAAUGCAUACUGUUUUUCAAUGCCUAUGGUGAUGCAUCUGGCCUGUGUAAACAUGAAGAUGUCAAUGAAUGAAGCACUGGCAGCUGCCACCAUUAAUGCAGCUUAUGCUCUGGGCAAAUCAGACACACAUGGCUCCUUGGAGGUCGGCAAGCAGGGGGAUCUUCUUAUCAUAAAUUCAUCAAGGUGGGAGCACUUGAUUUACCAGUUUGGUGGACAUGAAGCAUUGAUCAACUAUGUUAUAGUUAAAGGAAAAGUCGUCUAUGAAAAUGAGAGGUGUGAGACAAUGAGCAGUUACUGAGAGAAGGCAGUAGUUUAGUAAGCUACUAAAAUCAAAUGAGCAUGGAGUAUUUCAAAGCAACAGACAAAUCAGAUUUGUAUUUGCCAGUAAAUUGUUGGCCUGCUCACCUUACUCUUAUCCAAAUAAAUAAACCUUACCAAGCAUUA